ACUUGAGAGCGGAAGUGUAGUAUUUUAGCAAGAGAAUUGUGAUUUUACUCUGUCGUGUUAGAAAGGAAGAAUAGAGGGUAGCUUGUAGUAAAGAAUAGUUGGAUAAAAAGAGGACACUGGUUUUUAUUUUUAUCAUUUUUGUUGCUGCAUUAUCCCCCCUUUCUAGCCCUUUAUCCUGGCUGAAGGUUGAACGGUUAAAAUGGAGGCGGACAGAUCAGGCGGAGGACCAAACCCGAACUCCGGAGGCGGCGGCGGCGGCAUUAUUGGAGCGGGGCGCAACCCUAAUGGGCCCAAAGCAUCACAGUGCCAGGCGACAUCAGCAGCCGUGAGUGGAGCCAUGGCUGCAGCGGCUACGGCGGCAGCAACGGGGGCCGUCCCCGGGUCGUCGCAGCCUCGGGAGACGCAGGACGGGGACGCGGGAUUGACGCUUCCCGGGAUCCUGCAUUUCAUCCAGUACGAGUGGGGACGCUUUCAGGCCGAGAAAUACCGCUGGGAGGCUGAGAGGGACGAGCUGAGGGCUCAGGUGGCAUUUCUACAAGGUGAGAGGAAAGGACAGGAGAACAUGAAACAGGAUCUGGUUAGGCGGAUCAAAAUGCUGGAAUACGCCCUCAAACAAGAAAGAUCCAAGUAUCAGAAGCUGAAGAUAGGCAACGAGCAGAGUCCAGGGGACAAAAAGGCAGAGAUGGAGGCGGAUCAGCUUCCCAACGGACCUGCUGAGUCUGACUCAGAACCGGCCAAUCAGAUGAGCUGGAAGGAGGGACGUCAGUUACUACGAAAAUAUCUUGAGGAAGUGGGUUAUUCAGACACCAUCCUGGACAUGCGCUCCAAACGCGUGCGAUCCCUGCUGGGUCGCAGCAGCCCAGAGUCUAAUGGACCCCCGCCAAGCGAGAGCUGCUCCGAGCCUGAACCUCGAGCAGGCGGAGAGUCCCUGUUAGUCCGACAGAUAGAGGAACAGAUCAAAAGGAACGCAGGCAAAGAAAGUUCAAAGGUACGCGUCGGCGGCUCUGUGCUAGACAAGAUCCCUUUCCUUCAUGGUUGUGAAGACGAUGAUGAAGAUGACAGCGACGAGGAAGAUGACUUCCAAGGCAUAGCCACCGACUGCAUCGACGGUCCUCGAAAGAGUAAAAAGUCUCGUGUAAAGAUGAGUUCGGAGCCCAUGACCACAGACUUGGACCCCGAAGACGAGGAGGAUGAAGACGACUCAGAAGAUGCCCUCAGUGAAUUUGACUUUCUUGGCUCGGGGGAGGAUGGGGAGGGGGCGGGAGAGGCCCGGAUCUCUGGGGAUGGACGGGAGUUAGAGAACCACAGGAACAAGUUACAGGGCAUGAUCUCGGACUUCCCCCCUAAACCCACCCCACCACCCUCUGUAUCGGGACAGGGACGCUCCGGUGAAGGUGGUGCCUUAGGCUUCUCUUCUGACGUCUUCAUCAUGGAUGCUGUUGGGGGAGGCGACAUGAACCUGGGCGAACUGGCUGACCUAACUGUCGCCAACGAUAACGAUCUCUCCAUGGAUAUGCAGGACAACAGAGAGGAGUUCAAGAAGACGUGGAACCCCCGUUUCACCCUGCGCAGCCACUUCGACGCCAUCCGGGCGUUGACCUUUCACCCCAACCAGGCAGUGCUGCUCACAGCCUCUGAGGAUGGCACACUAAAGCUGUGGAAUCUCAACAAGGCCAUGCAUUCUAAAAAAAACGCAGCGUUGGAUGUUGAGCCCAUCUACACAUUCAGAGCACACUGUGGACCUGUUCUCUCACUGACCAUGAGUGAGGAUGGAGAGUCCUGCUACAGUGGAGGCUUGGAUGGAACCGUCAGGUGCUGGAAGAUGCCCGACCUCAAUGUCGACCCCUACGACAACUACGAUCCUAGCAUCGAGAGCAGCGUACUAACAGGCCACGAGGACAGCGUGUGGGGUCUGACGUAUUCCACCGUCCACCAUCGCCUCGCUUCCUGUUCAGCCGACGGCACCAUUCGCAUCUGGGAUCCGCAGAACUCAUCUCCUUGUGUGUCCGUCUUCAAUAAAGAGAGAGAACACGGCACGCCCACAUCAGUGGCUUUUGUGGCGACCGAUCCCAACCAGGUGGUGGCGUCAUUCGACGGCGGUGAGACUCUUGUCUUUGACCUCAACACAGAGCAGAGCGUCAUCGCUCUGGAGACGCAAACAAAAGAUGGCAGCGAGCUGAUUAACCGCGUCGCCAGCCACCCUGCUGAACCGGUUUCUAUUACUGCACAUGAGGACCGCACCAUCCGCUUCCUUGACAACAAAACCGGUAAAGUUGUUCACUCAAUGGUGGCUCACCUGGAUGCGGUCACCUGCCUCACCACGGACCCUAAAGGCACUUACCUCAUUUCUGGCAGCCACGACUGCUCUGUGCGCCUGUGGAUGCUGGACAACAGGACGUGCGUGCAGGAGAUCACCGCCCACAGGAAGAAGCACGACGAGGCCAUUCACGACGUGGCCUUCCACUCCUCACAGCCCUUCAUUGCCAGCGCUGGCGCCGAUGCACUUGCCAAGAUCUUCGUGUGACGGCUCUGUUGUGAUUCUGUUUUCCAACUACAACUACUACAGAGACGACAGUGGACCAGCUUUGUGUGCUCCCCCUCUCAUGCACAAAGACGCACACAGACAGACUCACACAUGCUCGUCCUGCACCCCACUGGCUGGGUCAUCAGCACAGGACCCCACAGUUCUCCAUCAAUCUUGUAAUACUAAUCGCAUCUUGUUAUGCUUAUUUUUUUUAAUAUAACUUUAACGAUCUUUGCUGCUCUGUUUUCAAUUAAUCACAUUUCAAGUAACACUUUUCUACACUACUUAUAUUAUGUCCGGCUAUUUUCCUAGUUUGUUUUUUUUGCUAACAUUUACUACAAAGCACUUGUACAUGUGUAUUUGCUUCAGCUGCUGACACUACCAACACUUUUGCUUAAUAAGGAACCACCGCAUACGAUGCAUGAGGUCGUUGCAUUUUCUUUACAGUAACUUGUGCCUAAUAAAAACAUGAAGGCAUCAAACGAACCGCUAGCAGUGCCCAGUGUGUUUGCAUUGGGAAACAGUGUGUAACAUUCCAAAGACUCCAGAUAAUGUGUGAGUGUUUGUGUGUGUGCUGCAUUUACUGACUUUAUAUUUGGUUUUUGGGAGACACUAGCUAACCAGAGUGAACCGAAAAGCUUUAAUUUUAUAUGUGUUUACAAGAAAGUUGGUCUUAUUGUACAUCUGAGCAGCUUCCCCUCAUGAUUCUUCCUGUGUUUGCGAGUUGGAUUAAAAAUUUGCCGUGCUCUAGAAGAUAAAAGGAAGUCCCACGAGUGCGAAUCAUUUCCACCGGCGCUCUGGAACCACUGUAAGCAGCUUCACACAGAUCACAGGAGCUCAGUGCAGGCCGGCCUGAAAGCGCUGACACUGAUUCUGUCAUUUGGUGCUUUUAACUGUAAAGUGUGUGUGUGGAUUAGUGUGUGUGUAGAUGCACUUGUUCAAACGCGGUGCUAUGACAGGCCCUGUCCGUCUUGAUCCAGAAUCAGGGACCAGUUUUAGUGUGUUUGUCUGAGAAGGAGAGGCUCGUUCAUGUUAAAAUUUCCGAUUUUCUUGUGGCGUUCUUGUCAUAAACCGUGCUCACAUUUCAGCAUUCACAGUCUCUGCUCUGGUAUUGAUCCAAAGGAUGUAAUUGGUGUUGACUUUGAAUGUUCUCAGCUUGAUAAGCAAGAUGGCGCUUUUGAAUUGAGCAAGUUUGUUGGACUGUGGUUUGAUCCUCAUGACACAAAGCUUUCAAACAGACAUGCUGUGAAAACAGAUUUUCUACCACAAACUUUUUUGGCAAUAGUGACACAACAAAGCAUCAUAUCUGCCACCAUUUUUUUUUUUUUACCAAGCACUUGCUUUUUUAAUUCUUUCAUUCAGCUGUAUGGAUAUCUGCAUAUGAAUCUGUAGAAUUAAUAGUCCUAAUGAUUUUCACACACUUGGACUGAAGAUUGUCCACCAUCUUCAUGUUGGCUGCUGUGGAGAGUGUGGCCCUCUAGAGGCAAAAGUUAUGCACUGCAGCCGAUGGUUUCCUAGAUUGCCUUUAUGCAAUAACAGCAGGACACCCCCUGGUUUUUGUUUGUAUAAAUGUUGUCUUUUUAAUAACCAACUUUUUUGCUACUAUGAGAAACUCUGAUGAAAUAAAUAGUGGAACUUUCUGGUAGAACAGAUUAACGUUUGAAUAGUCCAGAGCCCAGUGCUCCUUCACCGACAUUCAUUCUUCAUCUGUAAAUAUUCUGAAAGCAGGGUGGCACUCCGGAGCUGGAUCAGACACCUCACUGCUGUCGCUUUGUCAAAGAAAAACAACCGGGUGCCACUACAUCAUUGCAGGUCAUAUAGUCUUGCUUUAUAUAUAUAUAUUUUUUGUUCUGCUUUUGGCUCCUAAUUGCACUACAUCUGAAAGUGGUUGAGGAGUGGAUAAACAGGGUGCAAAAACAAUGUUUUGUAUGUCUUUUUUUUUUUAAGGUUACUGAUGGCCAGUUUUUUCCUCCAUACACAACAAAAUAUAGUUUGGCCUCUCUGAGGAAAAUAAACGACAAAUCACUUUAGUUAAAUCAGUAUUUUGCAUAAAAGAACAUUAAAUGAGUUUGUAGAUGAUCACAGUUGCCAUUACAUGCUGUAAAUGUCUCAUUUUUUUCUCCUUGCAUUUCUUUAUUUAAUCAUGUGUAUGAUUAUUAAGAUGUGAUUAUACUGUAGAGUCAGAAGUAAGUCAUUCUUCCUUGCUAGGCUCACAACUUGGUUGUAAUCAAUAAAGGCAAUGUAAAACUUGUAAAAAAAAAAAAAGAAAUAAAAUGGGUAAAACAAAAAAUUAAAAAAAAAAAGUUACCAGUCAGAGGCCAAGGUAAAGGACUCUAGUUUCUUUGUGUUUUUUUAUUUUUUUAAAUCAGCAAUUUAUCACUGUGUGAUAUUUUGUACAUCAUAUUAAGCCGUAUUCAAACGAUUUUCCUCUAACUACAAGGGAUAAGAGACCUGCUUUCUAUUGAUUUUGUUUUAUUAUAUAUUUUUGAACUGCAUUCUAGCUUGUAUCAAAUGACUUUUGUUUACGGGUCCCCUGUUGUACGUCAUUCAGGAAGAAAUUACAAAAAAUAAAAAUUUUGUACAGUGAA